AUAUAUAGGAGCUGUUUCAUACCUUCUUUCAAGCUAGAAGCCCAUCUUCCCGCACAGCCUCUCUCCUAGAAAAUUUAUUAGCACCUCACUUGAAAGAAGAGGAGAAACAUGGGAAGUGAAGAUGUUUCUCACGUAAGAUCCCAGAAGUUGGCAACCCCUGGCAAAGCGACAAUUCUUGCCCUUGGCAAGGCUUUCCCUCAGCAGCUUGUCAUGCAGGAGCUUCUAGUUGAUGGGUAUUUCAAGAACACCAAUUGUGAUGAUCCAGAGCUCAAGCAGAAGCUAUCCCACCUUUGCAAGACAACUACUGUUAAGACAAGGUAUGUGGUAAUGUCCAAUGAGAUCCUAAAGAAGUAUCCGGAGCUCGCACUUGAGGGUCUCCCAACCGUGAAGCAGCGGUUAGAUAUCUGCAACGACGCCGUCACACAGAUGGCAGUGGAAGCAGGGCUGGCUUGCAUCAAAAAAUGGGGGAGGCCUAUAUCCAACAUAACCCACUUGGUUUAUGUCUCCUCAAGUGAAGCUCGGCUGCCAGGCGGCGACCUCUACCUUGCAAGAGGACUUGGUCUCAGCCCCGAGACUCAACGGGUCUUGCUCUACUUCAGUGGCUGCUCUGGUGGCGUGGCUGGCCUUCGUGUGGCGAAAGAUAUUGCGGAGAACCAUCCCGGAAGCAGAGUAUUGCUGGCUACGGCUGAAACCACCAUUAUCGGGUUCAAACCGCCUAGUGCAAAGAGACCAUAUGAUCUGGUUGGCGUGGCACUCUUUGGAGAUGGUGCUGGAGCCAUGAUCAUAGGCUCAAACCCAGUUUCCGGGAUUGAAAAGCCUCUUUUCGAGCUUCAUACUGCGAUCCAGAAUUUCUUACCAGAUACUGAAAGGAUCAUUGAUGGGAGGCUGACAGAAGAAGGGAUUAGCUUCAAGCUCGACAGAGAGCUUCCUCGAAUAAUCGAAGAUCAUGUCGAAGGUUUCUGCGGGAAAUUGAUGGGUACUGUUGGAUUAACAGAUAAGGACUACAAAAGGAUGUUCUGGGCAGUUCAUCCAGGGGGGCCUGCAAUCUUGGACAGGAUGGAGAAACGGCUAGAAUUGCUGCCGGAGAAACUGAGGGCAAGCAGACGAGCUUUGAUGGACUAUGGAAAUGCUAGCAGUAACACGAUUGUGUAUGUGCUGGACUACGUGAUAGAGGAGAGCUUGAAGAAGAAAACAGAGGAAGACAAUGAAUGGGGCUUGAUUCUGGCAUUUGGACCUGGAAUUACCUUCGAGGGAAUUCUUGCAAGGAACAUGACAGUCUAAAAAUGACACCUAAACUAGUCGACCAUUG